CUCGUGAUAUCCUCUCGUCAAAUUUACUACAAAUUGUGCUGGGAAAGACUGCCAAAGUUGCGUGGGCCAAAAUCGAAAGGAAAGUACACUGAGGUUGUUUGUAUUCUCGAACCGACGGUGUGGUGAGCGUUCCUUGCGGACUCGAAUAUGGACUUCUCCCGGUUCUCACCUCACGAGGAAAAUCCACCGACACAAUCGUAUUCGUCACGCGGUCCAAUGCGCAUCCCCACGAAAACAAUCGAGGACUUUGCUCCUCCUCCGCUACCUCCGCCGCAACGUAUCAAUGAUCUCGAAAAUGGUCAUGACGCGGGUUGGCUUCAUGCCAACGGGAUGGGUCGUCCUGAUAUGACUAAGCUCGCCCCUAUCAACCCAAGCUCGAGCUUAUUUGGUGGUCAUCGCGCCCCAGAGCCUAUUCCACGCAUUGAGCGCAUGUCAUUAGAUGAUUCGGCUGGUCGAUCAUCUAGCUUCUCCCACACCAAGAUUGAGCUUCCGAGACGAGAGACCUCAAGCUUCCAGAGUUCUUAUGCAACACAUUUCUCAGAGCCCAUCUUACAAGGCGAACAAAACUUCUCCCGAAAAUGUGUAAUGAGCUCUUCGGACAAUUACGAUCGACAUCUCCUGUCAAAAAUCGGAAAACCUCAUUCCCCACCUCGUACCUCGAGCAUACUCGGCAAUGAUUUCAGAUCAGGCAGCCUGGGAACUAGUUUCCAACCAUCUUCGCUAUAUGACUCGUCGUACAGCCUCGGCAAUUAUGCUGUAUCACCGGGUGGUCUUUCGCCGAGAUCAAAGGCUUCUUGGAAAGAUACUUCAGAUUAUCGGAGCCCUAGCGUCGAAAGCAAUGCGCCAUCUACAAGCAUUGAUUACGAUAGCCGCAGACGCACCGGCGCUUUGACUCCUCAAUCAGAAGAUACUUUUUCUUUUUUCCCGCGACCUGGUCGACCAUAUCAAGAGCAGAGCGUAUUCCCUGAUGUCGAAUGCGAAGACGACAACCAUAUGUCUCAUAGUGAUUACUUGUCCGGGCAGCAUGGAAUGAAGCGAAGAGCGUCAUCUCCGCCACGUGAACCUAUUCUACACAAGGCACCAAGCAACGGUGAUCUUGCGUCACGACGAACGAGCGCACACCACUUCACAAAUCAUGUUUCUCCCACUUCACGUCAUUUACCGAGUCAUAACUCGAUAUCGUCUCUGUCCUCCGCUAGCUGGCGGACAUCCACAUCUUUUAGCUCUUCGGCUGGACUGUCAGCUGGUACAAGUGCAUCUUCGUAUGAUCGUAUGUCUACUGGAGGUCAAUCUCCCAAAUCAGACGGAGAUCACUAUCAUGAUAAAGCAGUCGUAAACCAACCCAGCCCCAACGGGUCAGUCGGUGGAUUCUCUACUUUAAAAACACCAUACUAUAAUGGGGAUUCCAAACCCACCGUGUCGAACCGAAAGAUCUCGUUCCAAUCGGGCAUUAGCGGACCGAGGGGCGGCAAUUCCAAGUUGGGCGGACUAUACAUCUGCGACUGCUGUCCGAAAAAACCCAAGAAGUUUGAGACUCAGGAGGAACUCCGGACUCACGAAUUGGAAAAACAAUAUACAUGCCAAUACUGCAGCAAUCGAUUUAAGAAUAAGAAUGAAGCAGAACGACAUCAGAAUUCGCUACAUCUGCGACGUCAUUCGUGGUCUUGUGCGGCACUUGCAAACUUCCAGGCAGCAUUCCAUCCGUCAACAUCACCAGUGACGCAAACAAGCGCAGGCCCUACUCACGACACAUGUGGCUAUUGUGGCGAGGAGUUCCCCAACAACCCCGAACCAGACUGGGAUCAACGUUUUGAGCAUUUGACUACCAUGCACAAAUUCGGUGAAUGCAACAACGUGAAGAAGUUCUUCCGAGCAGAUCAUUUCCGACAACAUCUCAAGCAUAGCCAUGCAGGGACACCGGGGAAGUGGACUAACAUUCUCGAAAAUGCAUGUAUGAAGGAGGAACCUCAAGCAGAAUCGAGGCUCGGAAGUAUCAGUGAGAAGGGCUGUAAGAGAUCUGAAUUAGGAGAUGCACCAUUGACAUCAAGCACAAUCGAUGAAGUCAUGGACGAGUCCUAGAAUCUUGAUCAUCUCGUAUUUCGAUAUCUUCACCGCCACUGUACGUACCCGGUUACACUUGAAUGCCUACGACUGCUUAUACGACACGAUUUCUUUCAUCUGGAACGAAUAACGGCCUCCCUCUCUGUUUAUAUUACAACUAUUUGAACCUGCGAGUUUAUACCGAGACUUGAUCAUUUCUCAAGCGAAAUUCAUUUGAAGCGAAGAACAGCCGACGGAUGUUUGCAAAGAUGCAUCACAACGACUUUAAUGCAUGGAAAGUCUUUACACGACGAAACGAAAAAAGCGCAGAAUCAAAAAAUUUUUUUUCUGGAAGUUUACAUAACGGCCAUCAUUCAAGUUUUUUGCAUGUACACGGGGAUAUCAAAACAAAAAUUGAAUACAAAAAAGUGACUUUUUUUGGUCUGGUGUGAGACGGGUUGGCUUUGUAUUUAUACAUGGUUAUAAAGUAUCUCACUUAGUACUUUGGUAUAGGUGGCCAUCAGAUUACUACAAAUUUACGAGGUUAUGAAGGAC